AUGUCACGGAAUGAUGAUAGUGGCGGUGUGGGUGCUCUUGUACGACACACGGCUGGAAUGGCCGAAUUGGCUAUUAAUGCAGGACAUCCAGAUCGUAAACACAAUGAAUAUUUACCAUAUCCAGAUAAUAAUUUUCAAGAUCGUUGCACUAUUCAAUAUCAAUAUGAUAAAAAAUUCACAAUUUCACAUGUAUACGAUCGAAAUGGUCGUACAUUUGUACCAAGUGAAGAGGUUAAAGUCAUAUCUUUAAGCGCUGAACGAACAUAUGCAGGAUUUACCGAAUUUCUUAAUCCUUAUUUAUAUUGUGUUGUAACUAGACAUGGACCAUUUGAAUGGACAAUAUUUAAACGUUAUCGACAUUUUAAUGAUUUACAUAAAAGUUUAGUACAUUUUGUUGAAACGGAAACAAAACGAUCAAUUAGUGAUUUAGACAAAGCUCAAGAAGAAGAUACAGAAAGACCGUGUUUUCCAACAAGAAACGAUCGUUUAGCAUUUAUCAAUGAUAAUAUCAUAAAGGAACGAUGUCAAAUUUUAAUGGAAUAUUUGAAUAAAGUUUUAAAACAUCCAAAAUUUCGUAAUCAUCCUCAAGUGCGUGAAUUUUUUGAAGUGAGUUGUGUCUCAUUUGUUCGUGGUCUAAGUAUUAGUUUGAAAGAAAGUUAUUUAUCAAAACGAUCACAUGAUGAUUAUCGUGGUCAUAACAUAUUUUUUCGUAUACCAUUUUUUUGCGAUAAAUGUAAAUUUCAUCAUGGACACAAAUGGUUUAUUAUUAAAGAUACGUUUAUAACCUAUAUGAGACCAGAUACAUAUGAAAUACGUUUUCCAAUGUUAGUUGAUCGAGCAUUCGAAGUUCAAACGGGUUUUCGUCACGCUGGCACACAUAAUGGGAUAAAAUUAACAAAUUUACAACGAACAUUAGUUGUUAAAUGUAAAAAUUCACGUGAUCGAGAUGAAUGGGAAGAACAAUUACAAAAAUUAAAAGAUAAUUCAUUGAGUUUUUGUAAUACAACAGCUAGUCGAUUUAAUUCAUUUGCACCCGUUAGAGAAAAACAAUUAGGUUAUUGGUUUGUUAAUGCCAAAGCAUAUAUGGAAUCCAUAGCAAAAGCAAUAUUGGUUGCUAAGGAAGAAAUAUUUAUUACAGAUUGGUGGUUAUCACCUGAAAUAAUGUUAGUACGACCGACAGAUGAUGAAACAUUUCGAUUAGAUAAUUUACUUGGAAAAAAAGCAGAUGAGGGUGUAAGAGUUUAUGUUUUAAUAUUCAAAGAAUUAUCGUAUGCAAUGGGUUUAAAUAGUUUACAUACAAAACGUGCACUUAUUUCCAAGAAUAAAAAUAAUAUCAAAGUUAUUCGACAUCCUGAUCAUUAUCCAUCUACUGGCGUAUUUUUAUGGUCACAUCAUGAGAAAAUGGUUAUUAUUGAUCAAAAAAUUGCAUUCAUUGGUGGUAUUGAUCUUUGUUUUGGCCGUUGGGACGAUGAUUUUAUGAGGUUGGUGGAUUUGGGUCCAGAUAAUGAAACAACAUUGAAAAUGCCAGAAGAAAUUGAAGCCGAAAAACAAGCAUCGGGCAAAGAAACUGUUGAAGCGGCAAGAAUGGUUACAACAGAGAUGGCGGAAAAAGCAGGAGAAAAACAAUCGACGGGUACAGACGAGAUGCGCAGUAUUGGUGGGAAAAAUACAAGUGAACCAGUGGCUCGUGGUGGAGUUACAGCAGGCGGAGGAAUGAAGGCAGCUAAAAAAUGGAUCGAAUCUAAAUUAUCAGGAUCAAGUGAACAUGAUGAUAGUGAUGCGGAAGAGGGUAACAUUUCUAGUGACAGUAAGAACGAUCAUAAUAAAACAAAUGAAGUAUCUAAAGCUGAAGCAAAAUCACUUCCCAAAACAACACCACAUAACGCUAUUAAUAUCACUAACAAUAAAGAACCAAUAAGUUUUCGUCGUUAUUAUUCAGUCGAAAAUCGACAUCAUGAAGAAUUGCCUAUAGUACAUACAUUGACAGAAGAGAAACAUAACGAUGCCGAGGUUGAUAACCAUUUUCUAACAUCAAUCCAUAACGUAGUACCUAAACGUACAAGCAAUUUUUCGCAUGGGUUCCAUCGCCAUCGUGCAAUUUACAACGAUCCUCAAACAACUGAGCAAAAAAUAAUUGAUGAUGAAGAAGCUGUUCGUCGACCACGUGCAGUAAAAAAACGAUGGCAUAGAUUAACAAAGAUGGUUAAAAAACGUGAUUCAGAUGAAGAAGAUUCUGAAGAAGAAAAACCCAUAUCAUACAUUGGUCCAGCACCUGUAAUGGACACAAAACAUCGAUUUUUUGUUGGAAAAGAUUAUUCAAAUCCGUAUGAGAAAGAUUUUGAAUUUUUAGAUAAAUUUACUGAAGAUUUUAUUGAUCGUAAAAAAGUACCAAGAAUGCCAUGGCAUGACGAAGCUCUUGUCAUAUUUGGAGAAUCAGCACGAGAUGCUGCUCGACAUUUUAUUCAACGUUGGAAUAUUCAUAAAUGUGACAAAUUUUUAUACAAUGAUGCUUAUCCAUUUUUAUUACCUAAAACAUAUGAUGAUAAAGAUGAAUUAACUGUAAAAGAUUGGAAAAGUUUUUUAGAUUCAAAACCAUUUCAAAUUGAUGCACAAUUGGUACGUUCUGUCGGUCCUUGGUCAUGUGGAACAAAAACAAUUGAAUUUUCUAUUCAAAAUGCCUAUAUUCAACUGAUCGAUGCAGCAAAACAUCUUAUUUAUAUUGAAAAUCAAUUUUUUAUAACAAUUGCCGAAGAUCCUAAUAUACGAAAUCAAGUAGCCGAUGCAUUAUAUAGAAGAAUCCUUCGAGCACAUACAUCUCGUGAAAAAUUUCGUGUGUAUAUUGUUUUACCCCUAUUGCCCGGAUUUGAUAAUGUCAAAGCUGUCCAAGCUGUUUUAUAUUUUAUUAUGCGCUCAAUAACAAAAGGAGAUGGAGUACCGCCCCACGAUUAUGUUAGCUUUUUUGGCAUGCGUGCACAUGAUGUUUUAAUGGGUCAAUUGGUAACAGAAAUUAUUUAUGUUCAUUCAAAGUUAAUGAUAGUUGAUGAUAAAGUGUUAAUUUGUGGUAGUGCUAAUAUUAAUGAUCGUUCACUACUUGGACAUCGAGACAGUGAAGUAGGCGUUGUUAUUAAUGAUUGCGAAGAAGAAGACGCAAUAUUGAAUGAACAACCAGUUAAAGUUGGAAAAUUUUGCUCUAGUUGGAGAAGAAAACUAUUCAAAAUGAUGUUAGGUAUUCAAUAUGAUAAUCCUGAAAAUAUUGAUGUUACCGAUCCCGUAUCAGAUAAAUUUUAUAAUUAUUUUAAAGAAACAGCGCAUAAAAAUGCUCUUAUUUAUGAAGAAGUAUUUGCUACAUUACCAAGUGAUCGAGUUCGAAAAUUUGAUCAAGUAGAACCAUAUAUUCAACCACCAAAAAUGAAAGAUACGAAUCCACAUAAAGCUCAAGAAAGACUGAAAGAUAUUAAAGGUCUGAUUGUCGAAUAUCCUUUAUACUUUUUAAACGAUGAAAACUAUUUACCAGGACUUAUAACUCCCGAAGGUUUAGUACCAAAUGUUAUGUGGACGUAA